AAUAUAUUUCAGGAAAGGUUUUUUUCACCACCUGUUCUGAUUUGAAUAUGUUGAAGAAAUUAAAAUCUGCCGAAAGAUUAUUUUUGCUGAUUAAAAAGCAGUUUCCCCUUAUUUCUUCUGUAAGUAAAGGAAAACUACUUAACGAAAUGCAAAGACUUAUAAAUGAAGAUCCAGGAAAUUGGUUGAAUGCCAUUUCAAUCUGGAAAAAUCUUCUUGAACUUGAUGCAAAAAAGGAAAAACUUUCUCAGAGAGAUGAUAACCAACUAAAAAGAAAAGUGGGAGAAAAUGAAAUCAUCAUUGCAAAGAAAUUAAAAAUAGAACAAAUGCAAAAGAUAGAAGAGAAUAGGGACUGCCAGCUGGAAAAACAAAUAGAAGAAGAAACUCUGGAGCAAAGAGAUUUUACCACUAAAAGUGAAAACUUUCAAGAAGAAGAAUUUCGGAAUGACAUAGAGAAAGCAAUUGAUACUCAUAAUCAGAAGGACUUGACUUUCAGAGUAUCUUGUCGCUGCAGUGGAACUAUUGGAAAGGCCUUAACUGCACAGGAGGUAGGAAGAGUAAUUGGAAUUGCUGUUAUGAAACACUUUGGAUGGAAAGCAGAUUUGAGGAAUCCAAAAUUAGAGAUCUUUAUACAUCUAAAUGAUGUUUACUCUGUGGUGGGGAUUCCUGUGUUCAGGGUUCCUUUAGCCAGCAGAGCUUACAUCAAGACAGCUGGACUGCGAUCUACCAUAGCGUGGGCAAUGGCAUCUCUCGCUGACAUUAAGGCUGGUGCAUUUGUUUUAGAUCCAAUGUGCGGACUUGGAACAAUACUUUUGGAAGCUGCUAAAGAAUGGCCAGAUGUGUAUUAUGUAGGUGCUGAUGUCAGCGACUCACAGUUACUAGGUACUUGGGACAAUCUGAAAGCUGCAGGCCUUGAGGAUAAAAUCGAAUUACUUAAAGUCUCUGUUAUAGAAUUGCCAUUGCCUUCAGAAAGUGUUGAUAUUAUUAUUUCUGACAUUCCAUUUGGGAAAAAGUUUAAGUUAGGAAAAGACAUCAAAAGCAUUCUACAAGAAAUGGAAAGAGUGCUUCAUGUUGGCGGAACCAUUGUAUUGUUGCUUAGUGAAGAUCACCACAGGCGCCUUACAGAUUGUAAAGAGAGCAGCAUCCCUUUCAAUUCCAAGGACAGUCACACAGAUGAACCUGGAAUUAAAAAGUGCUUGAAUCCUGAAGAAAAAACUGGUGCAUCCAAGAUAGUGUCAACUUCAUUCGAAGCCAGGAACCACGAGUUCUUAGACAGAAUGUCACCAUUUGGCUCCUUGGUACCAGUGGAAUGCUACAAAGUUAGCCUUGGAAAGACGGAUGCGUUCAUAUGUAAAUAUGAGAAGUCGCACUCUUCUGGACUAUAGCAGGCUUGCUGCCAUCAGCCGGGUUCAGGCCCUUGUAAGUUAGCUGUACAGCAGAAGUUUGCUGUCUCUAGGAUUCAUAUAGUACCCACAGAGCUCCAGGUAACCAAAUUCCCCCAAAGACGGGAGGUGUGGCUGUUGGGUACACGUGCUUGGUAAGAGUUUCUGCUUUAUAUUCUAAAGUGCCUAAUGUUUUUGACAAAAAAGUUACCGAAUAUUUUUUAGACUUAAGUUUUAUAUUCUGUCAGAAUGUGAAAAGUUCUGCCCAGUUUCUUAGCAAAAACUUCAAUUUCAAAAUAAAAGUUUUCAGGGGUUCACCUAAGUGUAUCACAAUCAAUACCAGACUAGGGAUAUUUAACAAUCAGAUUUUCGGAAAUGUAAAAACCUUUAUAUGUAACUUCUUUUGAUAUUAAACUUGAUUUUUGAGCCUGUAA